GCAUCUCGGCCGCAGCCCGCGGGGCCCUGCUGGGAACUCCGGCCUCCCAAGGAGGCCUGGCCCGGAGCGCCGCCAAUUCUCGCCGCCUCUCGCGAGAGUCCAAGUUGAAGGAACAUGGCGACGUCUAAUCUGUUAAAGAAUAAAGGUUCUCUCCAGUUUGAAGACAAGUGGGAUUUCAUGCGUCCAAUUGUUUUGAAGCUUUUACGCCAGGAAUCUGUAACAAAACAGCAGUGGUUUGAUUUGUUUUCGGAUGUACAUGCAGUCUGUCUCUGGGAUGAUAAAGGCUCAUCAAAAAUUCAUCAGGCUUUAAAAGAAGAUAUUCUUGAGUUUAUUAAGCAAGCACAGGCACGUGUCCUGAGUCAUCAAGAUGAUACCGCUUUGCUAAAGGCGUAUAUUGUUGAAUGGAGAAAAUUUUUUACCCAGUGUGAUAUUUUACCAAAACCUUUUUGUCAACUAGAGGUUACUUUAUUGGGUAAACAAAGCAGCAAUAAAAAGUCAAAUAUGGAAGAUAGUAUUGUUAGAAAGCUCAUGCUUGAUACGUGGAAUGAGUCAAUUUUUUCAAAUAUAAAAAACAGACUCCAGGAUAGUGCAAUGAAGCUGGUGCAUGCUGAGAGAUUAGGGGAAGCUUUUGAUUCCCAGCUGGUCAUAGGAGUACGAGAGUCCUACGUUAACCUUUGUUCUAACCCUGAGGACAAGCUUCAGAUUUAUAGGGAUAAUUUUGAGAAGGCAUACUUGGACUCAACAGAGCGAUUUUAUAGAACACAGGCACCCUCGUAUUUACAGCAAAAUGGUGUGCAGAAUUACAUGAAAUAUGCAGAUGCUAAAUUAAAAGAAGAAGAAAAAAGAGCACUCCGUUACUUAGAAACAAGACGAGAAUGUAACUCUGUUGAAGCACUCAUGGAAUGCUGUGUAAAUGCGCUGGUGACCUCAUUUAAAGAGACUAUUUUAGCAGAAUGCCAAGGCAUGAUCAAACGGAAUGAAACUGAAAAGUUACAUUUGAUGUUUUCGCUGAUGGACAAAGUUCCUAAUGGAAUAGACCCGAUGUUGAAGGAUUUGGAGGAGCACAUCAUUAGUGCUGGCCUGGCAGACAUGGUGGCGGCUGCUGAGACCAUCACUACUGACUCCGAGAAGUACGUGGAGCAAUUGCUUACUCUGUUUAAUAGAUUCAGCAAACUUGUCAAAGAAGCUUUUCAAGAUGAUCCUCGUUUCCUUACUGCAAGAGAUAAGGCAUAUAAAGCAGUUGUUAAUGAUGCUACCAUAUUUAAACUUGAAUUACCUUUGAAGCAGAAAGGAGUGGGGUUGAAAACCCAGCCUGAAUCGAAGUGCCCUGAGUUGCUCGCCAAUUACUGUGACAUGUUGUUAAGGAAAACACCAUUAAGCAAAAAACUAACGUCUGAGGAGAUUGAAGCAAAACUUAAAGAAGUGCUCUUGGUACUUAAAUAUGUACAAAAUAAGGAUGUCUUUAUGAGGUAUCAUAAAGCUCAUCUCACCCGACGUCUCAUACUGGACAUCUCUGCUGAUAGCGAGAUUGAAGAAAACAUGGUGGAGUGGCUAAGAGAAGUUGGUAUGCCAGCAGAUUAUGUGAACAAGCUCGCCAGAAUGUUCCAGGACAUUAAAGUAUCUGAAGACUUGAAUCAAGCUUUUAAGGAAAUGCACAAAAAUAAUAAGUUGGCAUUACCAGCUGAUUCAGUUAAUAUAAAGAUUCUGAAUGCUGGUGCCUGGUCUAGAAGCUCUGAGAAAGUCUUUGUCUCACUUCCUACUGAACUGGAGGAUUUGAUACCUGAGGUAGAAGAAUUUUAUAAAAAAAAUCAUAGUGGUAGAAAAUUACAUUGGCAUCAUCUCAUGUCAAAUGGAAUUAUAACAUUUAAGAAUGAAGUAGGUCAGUAUGAUUUGGAAGUAACCACAUUUCAGUUGGCUGUGUUGUUUGCAUGGAACCAAAGGCCCAGAGAGAAAAUAAGCUUUGAAAAUUUAAAGCUUGCAACGGAACUCCCUGAUGCUGAACUCAGAAGGACUUUAUGGUCCUUAGUAGCUUUUCCCAAGCUCAAACGGCAAGUUUUGUUGUACGAACCUCAAGUCAACUCCCCCAAAGACUUCACAGAAGGGACCCUCUUCUCCGUGAACCAGGAAUUCAGCCUAAUAAAAAAUGCAAAAGUCCAGAAAAGGGGAAAAAUAAAUUUGAUUGGACGCUUGCAGCUCACUACAGAAAGAAUGAGAGAAGAAGAAAAUGAAGGGAUAGUUCAACUAAGAAUAUUAAGAACCCAGGAAGCCAUCAUACAAAUAAUGAAAAUGAGGAAGAAAAUUAGCAAUGCUCAGCUGCAGACUGAAUUAGUAGAAAUUUUGAAAAACAUGUUCUUACCACAGAAGAAAAUGAUCAAAGAGCAGAUUGAAUGGCUGAUCGAGCACAAGUACAUCAGGAGGGACGAGGCCGACAUCAACACGUUCAUAUACAUGGCGUAGCUGAGCACUGUGCCUCUGUUCGCGCAGAUCCUGGAGCACCUGGACAGAAAGCUGUCCCAGUUUGAGCUGGAGGAAGGUUUAUUUGGACUUUGAUUACAUAAAUAUUAAACUCUCUGCCUUACCUUACGAACGACUGUAUUUUGCAGUCACAUUAGUUAGCAUGACGGCAUUCAUUCCCUUCAUGUUGCACUCUUUAACAGCAUGCUGUUUCGUGGAGAAGAUCGCAUUCAUGGAGAGCGCCCAUUGUGAACUUCAGAGUCAGUUCAGUUUUACCAACCAGGAGAAGUAAUGUUUUGGAAGGGUGAGGGUAGGGUUCUUGUUGCUUCUUUUACCCCCUUUUUCCUUUUCAAAGGAAUAGACUUGCACAAGGAAGGAUAUCAGAUAUUGCACUGAGAAAGGCUUUUAAUCUUUUUUUUAAUGCAAUUAAAGCUAGAGGUAGCACUCUUAGCUUCUUGAUGAAAAGAGUGAAAUUGUCAACACCAUGUUGGGAAAGGGCAGGUGUACUUGAGAAGACGGAGAUGUAAUAUUAUCAAGUUGUUUGUUAAACACUGCUUGCAGUUUGAUAACUGGAUUUAAAUGGUGACCGGAAAAUGGUAUUAAAUAUUUCUAUCUUACAAUCCUGAUUGUCAUUAAGCAGGAGAUUGCUGUUUUAGUUGUUUCUUGUUAAAUGAUACGGAUUUGGGGUUUUCUUUCUAAGUCUUGUAUGGUUGGAGAGCUUGUUUGAAAAUAUGAAGAUUAUAAUGAAUGUUGCUUCAUUUGUUAAAUUUAUGAGUAUAGGUAAGUCAUUGAUUGCAUAAUCAGAACCACAAAGCAAAAAUGUUAAGUGUGUUACUAAUACACUUAAUCCUUAUACACGUAAUAUCUAUUAUGCUGUGUCUAAAUUUAUUGAAAACUGCAGAAAUAUGCUCUGAUACAGAACCGUGAGAAAAUUGCUUUCUAAACCUGUAGCAUAGAAUUAUUUGGUGUUUUGAAAGUGUUGUGAUUAGGGAUUUACCACCUCAGUUUUCUGGAAAGGCAUUCUCUGAUAAAGAGUAAUUAUUAUUUGCCACCUAUGAGGGAGAGAGGGUGAGAUUAAGCCUGAGACCAGAGAAGCACUCAGAGUUGUUAGUCUUGAUUUUUUUUUUGUUUUUGUUUUUGUUUUUGUUUUUUUUUUUUGGAGACAGUUUCUCUGUACCUUUGGUGCCUGUCCUGGAGCUCACUUUGUAGACCAGGCUGGCCUUGAACUCACUGUCUCUGCCUUCCCAGUGCUGGGAUUAAAGGCGUGCGCCACCACCGCCUGGCCAGAGCUGUUAGUCUUAACAUGAGCAGUAACCUUGCCAAAUAUGUACAUAUAUAUUUAUAUAUUUUAAAAAUAAACAUUUUUAAAAUGUUCAGAGGGCAACACUUACCUUGCUUCUCUCAGUUAAUCUGGAGCGGUGACUCAGGACUUCACAGUGCAGUGAGUGGGAAGCUGGAAAUUGAGGACUUGAGCAACUAAAGAGAGAAUUAUUCCCCAUCAGGAACAGUGGCUCCGUGUGGAUUUUUACUCAUUGUGGUGCACGUUUCAAGUUUUCUAAUUAUUUUAUAACCUUUGAUGUUAAGUAAUAUUUUGAAAUAUGGUUUUGAAGCUAGCAGAAAUUGGAGUGUUGAGAAGCGUACAGUAUUAUAUCACCACAGUGUGCUGUGGACCUGCCUGCAGCCUCAGCAGCUGUGGCCCCUUCCUGGAAGGAAGGAGAAUCUAUGUCAGACAUUUAAGGUUAUGCUAAUUAUCGUCAAAUGUCUGUUGUGAUACUCAUAGGAAGUUGGAAGUGCAUGUGUGCUUACCGUCUCCCCUGCUGCUCUGCGGAGGCCGUGGCUAGAGCAGGUGUGAAGAGCGGCUCAGUGUCUGCUGCUUCCGCGUCGUGGAUGGCAGCCGACAUCGGCGCAUCCAGAGUUCAAAGAGAUAGUUUUAUAAUGACUGUGGCCCUUCUAUUUAAUAGUUUGGUGUUGGCAGAUUUUCAUGUCCCAAUACCAGAAUGCCAAAGGAGGAAACAAUCAAGGGAAAAAUUUUAGGCCAUUUCUUAAUGUUUAAGAUUUGUCAUUUUAAACCAUAAUUUUUCUUAGAACAUCUUUGAAAUUUCUAAUCGCUUUGGUCAUUUAAGAAUGAGAGCUGUGAUGUUUUGGUUUAUAAAGGCAAACUUAAUGCAAAGUGGGUAACACUAAAUCCAUAGCAAAGUUUUUUAUUAAAUUUUAUAAAUUUUUUAAUAGUUAAUUAUGUCCUAAUUGUAUUUUGGGGAAUGAACAGCAGUAAAUACCACAGACUUAAAAGUUUUCAUUCUUUUUUUAAAAUAUAUAUACAAAAGUGUAACUACUUUUUGGUGUUUAUCAAAACUGUUUAGUUGACAAGGUGCCUAUUGCCUAUACCAUUGUUGAGAUUUUUGUUAAAUGUUUUAUCAAUAGAUUUGCUAAUUAAAAAUUCUGAAACAGAUCUUAACCAGGAGUUUUCUGAAGGUUCAGAACCACCCUUACUGUUCCCUAUCUGACCUCUCUCUUCUCCCUGCAGACUUUACUCUUGCUGUCUGAGCAGGGCCAAGUAUUGCACAGGUAAGGGGAAGAAAAACCCCACCUCUCCCACCACCAAAGAGCCAUUUUUAAAUGAAUAGUGUAGCAGGCUCAGUUUUGAGUACUUCCAUCUAUAAAUGGUAACCUCAUGCCAGCUCAUGGCCAGAUUAAGGAGACAGAACAGAUUCACAGGCUGGAAAAUGUGGAACACACUUUCCGCUCACAGUUAGACACAUGUUAGACCAUCGUUGUUCUAACAAUUUUAUAAGGAUCCUCAAAUUCUGAAGUCGCCCAGUUUUUACAAUUACUGGAGGGGGUCCCUGAGUUUAUCAACCUGUUCAUUUAAAUCUCUUGCUCUUACUUUGUGCGUAAAUAUUAAAGUCUCCAAAAAAUGAAAUGUUAUCAUUCUUAUUUUUACUGUUCAUUAAAUUGAAUAUGAUAUCAUUAGCCCUGCUCCAAGGGCAAAUUUUUAAAAUUCAGUCUAGGUGAAAUACUUGCUAGUUUACAGAAAGAUUUGCGAUCAUAAACUCAAGCUGGCUCUUCUGUUUUCAUGGGAACGACUGGGCUGCUGCCACCAGUUCUUCCCAGUCACAGUUCUGAAAGAAACACUGUUUGAGAGCAUCCCUGUCACCUACACUCCCGUGUGGUCUAGUUUAUCCUCACGGUGUACACAGCUUGGGAUGCGCACCACUACAUACUGAGACGACACCAGUUUUACAUGGGAGCAGCUUCUGUAUGCAGCAGGCUGAAAUAUUUUGAUGAACUGCUUACAUUUGGAUUUUAUUUUUAAGUUGUAUAAUUUAUUUUCUUGCAAAAAUAAAAGUGUAAUAUAAAUGC